UAGUGUUUUUGUUUCCCCUCUUCUCACUUUCGUACCGUACACUCGGCCAUCUUGUCGGUACCCCAUACGUCACACUGGGCGGAUCCAGAACAACAACAACAACAACAUCCUGACUGCUGCUCAUGGUGCCCAAGCAUGAAUGUCUUACAAGAAUGUACCAAGGAAAAGUUUUAAAGGAGCACUGUGUAACUUUUAGUCCAACUUGUUUUAGGUGCCACAUUUAAAAUAAUUUUACUGCGUUUUUUUAUUAAAGUGCACUCACCUUAAAGUGGAAUAAAAAGUUACCCCUUUCUUGGCUCUAUUGGUGUUUAGGUUAAAAUCACUUCAAAACUGUGUAGGUUUGAAGUGAUUUUUUUCAUUUUAUUAAAAAACCUGUUACUGUACAAGUACAUUUAGCAGACGCUUUAUAACUAUAUAUACAGUUUGUGUGUGUAUAUGUAACUAUAUGUGUGUGUAUAUAUAACUAUAUAUGUGUGUGUAUAUAUAUAUGGUAUAAAAUAGACUAAAUAACGUUUUAAUAGUGUACACCCCGUGUAUCGUUUUGUAUGUCGACAUACUUUACUCUUAGAAACAACAAUUAUAGUAUUUGACCACUAAGAGGCGGCAGAGCACAACAGCCCGACCGGCAGCGACUGAGUCGUCAUCAUCUUCAUCAGCACUAGCAACAGCAGCAUCAGUUACAGCAUCCUUCCGGACGCUAUUGCAUUGUCGAGAAAAUGCAAAACAGUGAUGGUAAAGAGAUAUUUUCUGUGGCUUAUAAUUGUUGCUAAAAGUCAUUCACUGAGCAAUCGGUACAUUAUUAUCCACUGCGCAAUAUCGUCAGUCACUUGAAGGGGGAGAGAAUGCAUCACUCUUUGGUGGACUGUUAUAGAACAUGUUCUAAAUAUGAUUGAAAUCAGAACAAUUGUGGCUCCAACAUUAACCCACAAGUGCUGGCGUGUAUGACAAUGAGUAAAUCUACGUAGACGCAGCCCUGCCAAAGGCGCGCGCAUCCCUGUGCGCUCAUCAUCACGCGUGUAGUGGGAAGCGCCACAGUUCCCUCCUCCAUGCGUAAAUGAUGUAGGACAGAACGGACACAGUCCACUUGCUCUGAGAUCUAAAUAACAAUCCGACCGGUGUCAGUGGGAAGAGCCAAUUAAACAAGCAAAGACUCAACCAAAAGCGCCGCCUGAUCCUUUCCAACAGCAGUCAAGAGAGGCGCAGUGGUGCAUCACGACCUGUGUGUGGUGAAGGAGAAGGAGGAGAAUAAUGGACAUCACAGACCAAGGAGCUCAAAUGGAGCCGCUGUUGGCUACGGAACAAAGUUCCCAAGAAAGCAAGGAUGUGAGAACUGAUGAGGAGGCGGUGGUGGACCGUGGUGGCACACGCUCCAUGCUCAACACUAACUUUGAGAAGGAAGAGCUAGAAGGUCACCGCACUCUUUACAUUGGGGUUCAUGUGCCUCUAGGCAGGAGGUCUCACCGACGCCACCGACACCAUGGACACAGACAUAGGAAAAGGUCCAAGGAAAGGGAUUCCACAGCUGAUGAUGGACGAGAAUCACCAUCAUACACAGACACACCAGCUCAGAGAGUGCAGUUUCUCUUGGGGACAGAGGAUGGCGAUGAGGAGCACAUCCCCCAUGCUCUGUUUACUGAGCUGGAUGAAAUCUGUCUCAGAGAAGGUCAGGAUGCAGAAUGGAAAGAGACAGCCAGAUGGUUAAAGUUUGAGGAGGAUGUGGAAGAUGGCGGUGAGCGGUGGAGUAAACCCUAUGUUGCCACGCUGUCUUUGCACAGUCUUUUUGAGUUACGCAGCUGUAUAAUGAAUGGGACUGUGAUGCUGGACAUGAGGGCCAACUCGUUGGAGGAAAUUGCAGACAUGGUCCUGGAUCAGCACGAGGUGUCAGGCCCAGUGGGGCAGGAUGCCAGGAGGAGAAUUCGGGAGGCACUUCUUAAACAGCACCACCACCAGAACCACAAGAAACUGGCAAACCGCAUUCCAAUUGUACGCUCCUUUGCUGAUAUUGGCAAGAAGCAGUCUGAGCCGCAUUCAAUGGAUAAAAAUGGUCAAACGGUCUCACCUCAGGCCCAGCCAGCCAACACUGAGGGCAAACAGGACGUGAGCCGGGAAAACAGUGCUGUUGACUUCAGCAAAAUCGAUCUUCACUUCAUGAAGAAGAUCCCCCCUGGUGCAGAGGCGUCCAACGUGCUGGUUGGAGAGCUGGAGUUUCUAGAACGCCCCGUGGUAGCAUUUGUCCGUCUGGCCCCUGCUGUGCUGCUGAAUGGCCUUGCCGAGGUUCCCAUCACCACCAGGUUUCUUUUUAUUCUGCUGGGCCCUCUGGGAAAAGGCCCACAGUAUCAUGAAAUUGGACGAUCUAUUGCUACGUUGAUGACAGAUGAGGUUUUUCAUGAUGUUGCAUACAAAGCUAAAGACAGGAAUGACCUGGUUGCGGGCAUUGAUGAGUUUCUGGACCAGGUGAUGGUGUUACCACCAGGAGAAUGGGAUCCUUCUAUUAGAAUAGAGCCACCCAAGAAUGUGCCGUCUCAAGAAAAACGCAAGAUUCCUCCUCUUCCCAAUGGUGUGACUGAUCUCGGAGAGUCAGAGGAGCAUGGAGGACAUGGUGGCCCUGAGCUUCAGCGCACAGGGAGAGUGUUUGGCGGUGUUGUCUCUGACAUCAAGCGAAAGGCCCCCCACUACCUUUCUGACUUCACAGAUGCCAUCAGUCUGCAGUGUCUGGCCUCUUUUCUCUUCCUUUACUGUGCAUGCAUGUCACCAGUCAUCACCUUUGGGGGACUCCUAGGUGAAGCUACAGAGGGACGUGUGAGUGCCAUUGAGUCUUUGUUUGGGGCCUCCAUGACUGGAAUUGCCUACUCUCUUUUCGCUGGUCAGCCUCUAACCAUCCUGGGCAGCACAGGACCAGUUCUGGUCUUUGAGAAGAUUCUGUUCAAGUUCUGCAAGGAGUACAACCUCUCCUACCUCUCUCUGAGGGCCUGCAUUGGUCUGUGGACAUCUUUCUUCUGUCUCCUCCUGGUGGCCACUGAUGCCAGCUCGCUCGUCUGUUAUAUCACACGUUUCACAGAGGAAGCGUUUGCUGCGCUCAUCUGCAUCAUCUUCAUCUAUGAGGCCCUUGAGAAGCUGUUUCACUUGGGAGUACAUUAUCCAAUCAAUAAGAACAACAACCUACAAAAACUCACACAGUACUCGUGUGAAUGUGUGGAGCCCAUGAACCCCAGCAAUAACACUAUCCGCUUUUGGGAGGAGAAUAACAUCACAGCCUCACAGGUCAACUGGACUACAUUGGAGGUCAAGGAUUGCGAAAACAUGCAUGGGAUGUUUGAAGGCACCGCCUGUGGACCUCAUGGUCCAUACAUUCCAGACGUCCUGUUUUGGUGUGUGGUCCUCUUCUUCACCACUGUCUUCAUGUCUGCAUUUCUGAAGGAGUUCAAGACCAGCCGCUACUUCCCCACCAGGGUACAUGUGCAAUCUAGUCCUCUCUAUUUGUUGCAUGCACGUUCACAUUCUUAUCCCACUAUGCCCCCUGGUGGUUGCAAAAUCUUACAAUAUGGUCUGAGUAUUGAAAUGUCACAUGAAGCUUUUCUAUCUGUGCAGGUGCGGUCAAUUAUCAGUGACUUUGCUGUCUUCAUCACCAUCUUCACUAUGAUUCUUGUUGACUAUGCUGUUGGGAUCCCCUCUCCUAAGCUGCAGGUCCCCAACAAGUUUAAACCAACCAGAGAUGAUCGGGGCUGGAUCAUUAACCCUGUGGGACCAAAUCCCUGGUGGACCACAAUCGUCACCUUUAUCCCUGCUCUGCUCUGUACUAUCCUCAUCUUCAUGGACCAACAGAUCACAGCUGUAAUUAUUAACAGAAAGGAACACAAGUUGAAGAAAGGCUGUGGCUACCACCUGGACCUCUUUGUGGUUGGUGUCAUGCUGGGAGUUUGUUCAGUGAUGGGUUUGCCCUGGUUUGUGGCAGCCACUGUGCUCUCUAUUUCCCACGUCAACAGCCUGAAGCUAGAGUCGGAGUGUUCCGCCCCCGGAGAACAGCCCAAGUUCCUCGGCAUCAGAGAGCAGCGCUUCACUGGGCUGAUGAUUUUCACCCUGAUGGGCUGCUCUGUCUUCAUGACCUCUGUGUUAAAGUUUAUUCCAAUGCCUGUUCUGUAUGGAGUCUUUCUCUACAUGGGAGCGUCCUCUCUCAGAGGGAUUCAGUUCUUCGAUCGACUGAAGCUGUUCGGGAUGCCUGCCAAACAUCAGCCUGAUUUCAUCUAUCUGCGCCAUGUUCCUCUGAGGAAGGUUCACCUCUUCACCAUCAUUCAGCUCAGCUGUCUGGUUUUGCUCUGGGUCAUCAAGACGUCCAGGGCUGCCAUUGUUUUCCCUAUGAUGGUCUUGGCCCUGGUAUUUAUUCGGAAGUUGCUGGACUUUAUUUUCUCAAAAAGAGAACUUAGCUGGCUGGAUGACCUGAUGCCAGAGUGGAAGAAAAAGAAGUUGGAAGACGCUGCACAAGAGGAAGAGCACAGUAUAAUUAUGGAGGAGGAAGGUAUUGUUCAAGUACCACUGGAGGGACGUUACAAAGGUGACCCAGCCACAGUGAACAUCACUGAUGAGAUGUCCAAAGGAUCAUUUGGGAAUGUAUGGAAGAGUGUGAACCCUGCAGAGACCAUCAAAAAGGAACCAAGCACCAAAAGCUCCCCUUCCUAACCUCUCCAAAGCUGAAAUUAUAAAGCUGUUCUAGUUGUGUUGGUACAAGACACAAGCGGCGAAGACACCAGAAGAGCUUGGACAGGGAGACAAGUUUGUGACGAUUCGUACUGACGGCGCCACUUUGCUGUCCAUCAGUAAAUCCAAAAUU